GAAAUAAAAUUUUGUAUGAUUCCAUUGUUAUUGAGUUUUCAAUUUUUCCUUGGAUGUUUGAAACUUUCAUCUGCGCUGCAGGUUGCUGUGUCAUUGGGGCAUGAGGUUAUUGGCUGGCGACGAGUGCCUACUGAUAAUUCAGAUUUGGGGCAGUCUGCUCUUCAGACAGAGCCAAUCAUUGAACAAGUGUUCCUGAAACCACGUUUGGGAUCAAAUAUUGAUUUUGAACAGCAGAUGUACAUAUUAAGAAGGUUUUCUAUGUCAGCUAUUCGGGCUGCUUUAGAUCUCCAACAUGGUGGUGCAAGGGACUUCUACAUAUGUUCCUUAUCUUCCAGGACCGUGGUUUAUAAAGGACAGCUGAAGCCAAUUCAGUUGAAAAACUAUUAUUAUGCAGAUCUUGGUGAUGAAAGGUUUACAAGUUACAUGGCCCUGGUUCACUCUCGAUUUUCCACCAAUACCUUUCCCAGCUGGGAUCGUGCUCAACCUAUGCGUGUUUUGGGACAUAAUGGAGAAAUUAAUACGCUUAGAGGGAAUGUAAAUUGGAUGAAGGCACGUGAAGGUCUUAUGAAGUGCAAGAAUUUGGGCUUAUCCAAGGAUGAAAUGAAGAAACUCUUACCUAUCGUGGAUGUUAGCUCAUCAGAUUCAGGUGCUUUCGAUGGUGUCCUCGAGCUUCUAUUGAGAGCUGGGAGAGAUCUUCCAGAAGCUGUCAUGAUGAUGAUUCCUGAAGCUUGGCAAAAUGAUCAUAACAUGGAGCCAGAAAGAAAGGCACUCUAUGAAUAUUUUUCAGCACUCAUGGAACCAUGGGAUGGACCUGCUCUAGUAUCAUUUACCGAUGGUCGUUAUCUCGGAGCCACAUUGGAUCGCAAUGGUUUGAGACCCGGUCGCUUUUAUAUCACUUAUAGUGGACGAGUAAUCAUGGCGAGCGAAGUUGGUGUUGUUGACAUUCCUCCUGAAGAUGUUUUGAGGAAAGGACGACUUAAUCCAGGAAUGAUGUUAUUAGUGGAUUUUGAAAAUCAUGUUGUUGUUGAUGAUGAUGCAUUGAAGAAGCAAUAUUCAUUAGCUCAGCCAUUUGAAGAGUGGCUGAAGAAACAGAAGAUCACGUUGAAAGACAUUGUUGACUCCAUGCCUGAAACUGAUAGGGUCAUUCCAGCUGUAUUUGGGACUAUCCCUGCAAAUGGUGUUGAUGAUACCAUUGAAAAUAUGGGCAUACAUGGUAUUUUAGCUCCGCUGAAGGCCUUUGGUUAUACAGUGGAAUGUUUGGAGAUGUUGUUACUUCCCAUGGCAAAGGACGGCACAGAAGCUCUUGGUUCUAUGGGAAAUGAUGCUCCACUGGCUGUGAUGUCAGGCAGGGAGAAGCUCAUGUUUGAGUAUUUCAAACAGAUGUUCGCUCAAGUCACAAACCCUCCUAUCGAUCCCAUCCGUGAAAAAAUUGUUACGUCUAUGGAGUGUAUGAUUGGUCCCGAAGGGGAUCUAACUGAAACCACUGAGGAACAAUGCCACCGCCUCACCUUAAAGGGACCUUUUCUCUCCAUUGAGGAAAUGGAAGCUAUAAAGAAGAUGAACUACAGAGGUUGGCGCAGCAAGGUACUCGACCUUACUUAUCCCAAAAAGCUUGGUCGGAAAGGCUUGGAGGAAACUUUGAAUAGGAUUUGUUCUGAGGCUCGGAAUGCUAUUUAUGAAGGCUACACAACCAUUGUGCUAUCUGACAGAGGCUUUUCAUCUGACAAUGUGGCUGUAAGUUCACUCUUGGCAGUUGGUGCUGUGCAUCAGCAUCUAGUCUCAGCACUCGAGCGCACGAGGGUUGGAUUAGUUGUUGAAUCUGCCGAACCAAGGGAAGUACAUCACUUCUGCACGUUGGUUGGAUUUGGUGCUGAUGCAAUAUGUCCAUAUUUGGCAAUCGAAGCCGUCUGGCGAUUACAAAUAGAUGGAAAGAUUCCUCCUAAAGGAAACGGCGAGUUUCAUUCACAAGAAGAACUUGUCCAGAAGUACUUCAAAGCUUGCAACGAUGGUGUGAUGAAAGUGCUUGCGAAGAUGGGCAUAUCUACUCUAGCCUCAUACAAAGGUGCUCAGAUAUUUGAAGCUCUCGGGCUUUCUACUGAGGUGAUUGACAAGUGUUUUAAAGGCACUCCAAGCAGGGUUGAGGGAGCUACUUUUGAAAUGCUUGCCGGGGAUGCACUUUCUCUCCAUGACACAGCAUUUCCCAAACGGGCUUUUCCUCCUGGCAGUGCAGAUGUAGUAGCGCUGCCUAAUCCAGGUGAUUAUCAUUGGAGAAAAGGAGGUGAGGUGCACCUGAAUGAUCCUCUUGCCAUUGCUAAAUUGCAAGAAGCAGCGAGGCAAAACAGUGUGGCUGCAUACAAAGAGUACUCCAGGCGUGUUCAGGAGCUUAAUAAGAGCUGCAAUUUACGAGGGUUGUUGAAGUUCAAGGAUAACCAAGAGAAAAUUUCCUUGAAUGAAGUGGAGCCGGCAUCUGAGAUUGUGAAACGGUUCUGUACAGGGGCUAUGAGUUAUGGUUCUAUAUCUCUGGAAACACAUACUACUCUUGCAAUUGCUAUGAACAAACUUGGCGGAAAAUCCAAUACAGGUGAGGGAGGUGAGCAACCUUCACGAAUGGAACCUCUUCCAGAUGGUUCAAAGAAUCCGAAGAGGAGUGCAAUCAAGCAAGUUGCAAGUGGAAGAUUUGGCGUUUCAAGCUAUUAUCUCACCAAUGCUGAUGAACUUCAAAUAAAAAUGGCUCAGGGGGCCAAACCAGGUGAAGGUGGUGAACUUCCAGGGCAUAAAGUUGUUGGCGACAUAGCCAUCACUAGGAAUUCUACUUCUGGUGUCGGGCUUAUCAGUCCCCCACCUCACCAUGAUAUCUAUUCAAUUGAGGAUCUUGCACAGUUAAUUCAUGAUCUUAAGAAUGCAAACCCUGGUGCUCGAAUUAGUGUUAAACUGGUCUCUGAGGCUGGUGUUGGAGUCAUUGCUAGCGGUGUUGUAAAAGGACAUGCUGACCAUGUUUUGAUCUCCGGGCAUGAUGGUGGGACUGGCGCUUCCAAAUGGACAGGAAUUAAGAACGCUGGGCUUCCUUGGGAGCUUGGAUUAGCAGAGACGCAUCAAACUCUAGUAGCAAACGAUCUUCGUGGACGAACAAUCCUUCAAACUGACGGCCAGUUAAAAACUGGAAAAGAUGUUGCCAUCGCUGCUUUACUUGGCGCUGAGGAAUUUGGUUUCAGUACCGCUCCUCUGAUAACUCUCGGCUGUAUUAUGAUGCGGAAAUGUCAUAAGAACACUUGCCCUGUGGGCAUUGCUACUCAAGAUCCCGUUCUUCGUGCAAAAUUUGCUGGAGAGCCGGAGCACGUUAUAAAUUUUUUCUUUAUGCUGGCGGAGGAGUUGCGUGAAAUCAUGGCACAGUUGGGAUUUAGAACUAUAAAUGAAAUGGUUGGCCGGUCAGAUGUGCUGGAGAUAGAUCCUGAUGUUGUGAAGAAUAAUGAAAAACUGACGAACAUAGAUCUUAGUUUAUUGCUUAAACCUGCAGCUGAGAUUCGUCCAGAUGCUGCCCAGUUUUUUGUCCAAAAUCAGGAUCAUGGUCUUGAAAUGGCUUUAGACAACAAGCUGAUCUCUUUGUCCAAACCUGCUUUAGAAAAGGCCAUUCCUGUUUACAUUGAGAUGCCGAUUCGCAAUGUAAACCGUGCUGUUGGAACCAUGCUUAGCCACGAAGUUACGAAGAAAUAUUUCAUGGACGGGCUUCCAUCAGAUACAAUUCAUAUCAGAUUAAACGGAAGCGCUGGCCAGAGCUUUGGAGCUUUCCUUUGCCCUGGAAUUACUCUCGAGCUUGAAGGAGAUAGCAAUGAUUAUGUUGGGAAGGGUUUAUCAGGUGGAAAGAUUAUUGUUUACCCUCCGAAGCAGAGCCAAUUUGAUCCAAAGGAAAACAUUGUGAUAGGGAAUGUUGCUUUGUAUGGAGCAACAAAAGGGGAAGCCUAUUUUAGUGGAAUGGCUGCCGAGAGAUUCUGUGUCCGUAAUUCCGGUGCCACCGCUGUAGUCGAAGGUGUAGGAGAUCAUGGAUGCGAAUAUAUGACUGGUGGUGUAGUUGUAGUUCUUGGCAAAACUGGGAGGAAUUUUGCUGCCGGCAUGAGCGGUGGUAUUGCUUAUGUUUAUGAUGUGGAUGGGAAAUUUCAUAACCUAUGUAAUCUUGAGCUCGUAGAUCUUGAAAAGAUUGAAGAAGAAGAGGACGUUAUGACAUUAAAAAUGAUGAUACAACAGCAUCAGCGUCGCACCAGCAGUCAGUUAGCAAGGGAAAUCCUCUCUGAUUUCGAUGUUCUUCUCCCUAAAUUUGUCAAGGUUUUUCCCCGUGAUUAUAAGAGGGUUCUUCAGAACUUGAAGGUUGAAAAAGCUGCUGAAGAAGCAAAGAAGCAAGAGGAAAGAGAACUGAUGAAGAAGGAUGCCUUUGAAGAGCUCAAGCAGUUGGCAACUGCAACAAGGAAUGUCAAUGGAUAUCUGAAAUCGGAAGACUCGAAGUCGAGAAAGAGACCUACUCAAGUUGCUGAUGCUGUGAAGCAUCGAGGUUUCAUCACAUAUGAGCGGGAGGGGAUCACAUAUCGAGAUCCUAAUUUGAGGAUCAAUGAUUGGAAGGAAGUUGCUGUGGAAUCAAAACCUGGCCCUUUGCUGAAAACACAAUCAGCUCGCUGCAUGGACUGUGGUACCCCUUUCUGCCAUCAGGAGAACUCUGGUUGCCCUCUUGGAAAUAAGAUUCCGGAGUUUAAUGAAUUGGUCCAUCAGAAUAGAUGGCGCGAGGCGUUGGAUCGGCUUCUUGAGACCAAUAAUUUCCCAGAAUUUACGGGUCGUGUCUGUCCGGCUCCCUGCGAGGGAUCCUGUGUUCUCGGCAUCAUUGAGAACCCUGUCUCCAUUAAAAGCAUAGAAUGCUCCAUUAUAGACAAAGCCUUCGCAAAUGGAUGGAUGGUGCCCCGCCCUCCACUCAAGAGAACCGGGAAAAUGGUUGCCAUUGUUGGUAGCGGACCGGCAGGAUUAGCUGCAGCUGAUCAACUUAACAAAAUGGGUCACUGGGUUACAGUAUAUGAACGUUCGGAUCGCAUAGGUGGUUUGAUGAUGUAUGGAGUUCCAAACAUGAAGGCAGAUAAGAUUGAUAUUGUUCAGAGGCGAGUUGAUCUCAUGGCAAAGGAAGGUGUAAAGUUUGUUGUGAAUGCAAAUGUUGGCACGGAUCCAAAGUACUCGCUUGAUGAAAUGCGCGCUGAUAGUGAUGCCAUUAUUUUAGCAUGUGGAGCUACAAGGCCAAGAGACCUACAAGUUCCCGGAAGGGAACUCUCAGGGGUUCAUUUCGCCAUGGAAUUCCUCCAUUCAAAUACAAAAAGCUUGCUCGACAGCAAUUUACGUGACGGCCAAUACAUCUCCGCCGAGGGGAAGAAGGUCGUCGUCAUCGGCGGCGGAGACACCGGCACAGACUGCAUUGGAACAUCAAUUCGUCAUGGCUGCUCCGGCAUUGUAAAUCUCGAGCUCCUUUCCGAGCCUCCCCGAACAAGAUCCCCAAACAACCCCUGGCCUCAGUGGCCUCGCAUAUUCCGGGUGGACUACGGCCACCAGGAAGCAGCAGCCAAGUUUGGGAAGGACCCGAGAUCUUAUGAGGUCCUGACCAAGCGCUUCAUCGGAGAUGAAACUGGAGCAGUCAAAGCUCUUGAAAUUGUCGGCGUCCGCUGGGCCAAGGAUUCCGGCGGCCGGCUCCAACCCCAGGAAAUCGAGGGCUCCCAGACGAUCAUCGAAGCCGAUCUCGUCCUCUUAGCCAUGGGCUUCCUCGGCCCAGAUCCAACAAUUGCGACGAAGCUGGGUUUGGAGUUAGACAACCGUUCGAAUUUCCAGGCAGAGUACGGUCGCUUCGCGACCUCCGUUGAUGGCGUCUUCGCCGCCGGUGAUUGCCGGCGAGGCCAGUCGCUCGUGGUCUGGGCAAUAAAUGAAGGCAGGCAAGCGGCUGCCGAGGUGGACAAGUACUUGCUGAGAGAAGAAGAAGAAGACGACAGUGUUAACGGCGCAUCUGAUUCAGGUCGGAAGUAUCUUCUAGACAACAUAGAUGGCAGACAGAAAGUAGCUGCUUGAGAGGAAGCAGGAACUAAUGAUGUGAAGAUGAAGAUUCAAUUUUUUCUUUGUCAAGUUUGGAGAUUUGCGCGUGUGGGUGUGGGUGUGGGUGUGGGUGUGGGUGUGAGUGUGGGUUUUAUAAAUUUUUUUAGAGGAAGUUGUUUAUUAUGCUUGGUUGUUUUAUUUCGUUUUGUGAUGAUGAUUUUGUGAGUCAGCCAUGGCUAUGGCUCAAUAAUGUAUAGUCCUUCAUAUUUCGAAGUUGUAAAACUAGUUUUUUUUUAUGAUUAUAAAGCUUGUGGAAA